AAUCGCGUUCGGGGCAACCUCACCGGGUGCCGUAGCGAUGACGUAACCCCCUGCACACGCCGUCCAGGGCACCGCGCAACAGCGAGCAUGGAGGAGCACGGUAUUCCGGUGCAGCCCCUGACGGGAGGCGGAGGUCUGAGCUCCAUGGAAUAUCUCCUGCAAGGCAGCGUGCUGGACAGCAGCGUGGACAAUGUGCUCAGCCGCCUGCGUGGUCUCUGCGAUAACAUGGAGGCGGAAUCAUUUGCCGACCAUGAGAUAGUUUUCCUGCUCAAGCCUGGGCAGGGGUCGCCGUUCGUCAUUCGGGCGCGGCACGCCCUGGACCGACCCGGGCUGCCAUGGCAGCUUCGCUACGUGGGCACAGCUGAGGUCGGGGACAAGCAGCGGGGAGCGUUGGUGCGCAGCGUGGUGGAGGUGGCCGCCUCGGAGUGCCUGCCCACCUUCCUGCAGCACAUGGGCUUCCGCACUGACCACGAGUACAUCGCACGUGGACACAUCUACCGCAAGGGAACUAUGAAGGUGGUGGUGUGCAAGGUGUUCCGGCUGCUCGUCGCCGGGAGCCCGGAGUCGGCGGAGCCGUUGUCCCCGUCGCACCUGCUGGAGCUGAGCGUCGUGUGCGGCGGCGCCGGCGGCGGCGGCGGCGCCGACGCCAUUGCCGAGGACAUGCGCAGCUUCGCCGAGCAGCUGAAGCCGCUGGUGCAGCUCGACAAGGUCGACCCCAAGCGCCUCUAGCGAUGGGGGGGCGGGGGGUGGGGAGGGUGGGGAAGGGGCAUUCGUCCACGCUCCUUUUUGGGUCGUUAGUUGAGCUUUCUUUACUGGACCCAGUUGUAACUCGUAAUGCUCGAGAAUCCGGCUUAAUCACCAGGGGUGGCCAGAAACUUGGAUUAGAACGCAGGGUAUCAUCUGUGCCGGCUGAGUGCCACUCUUGGCAGCCAAAUCCUCCUAUUAUUAAUAAUGCAAUCAGAAUCACAGCCGUUUUGUCAAUUCGCUGCUGUAUGAUGGCCUUCCCUUGUUUCUGUCACGAGAGUCGCAUGAGCGUACUUCACUGUGCUGGUCAGUGUGGAUCGGCGAGGGGGUUGAACACCUGAUAUGGUAUCAGAUGUCACUGCGGAUGUUAGCAAAGUGUGCGAACCGCUGCACCACCGCUCCACCCCUUGUUGAUAUAUUUCGAGUCCUUGGGACGAUUGCAUGAGGCCACCUUUGGUGAUGGGUCCCUUUGUAUACUGCGUAAAAUGAUAGAUGAAGGGAAAAUAAUCUACUUCAGAUGUUUUAUGCAACUGCCCGCUGAUGUUUGUUUUCCAGAGUUUCAGUUUGGUGACGUGUAAUCGGAGGAAGUGCGUAGCUUCAGGUUCAGAAUGUUGAGCGUGACCCGCAAGACGUUAAUUCCCGCUUGUUUUUGUCAUUUGUAAAUACUCACUUAACCUAAGUUUUGUAUCUAAACAAUAGAGUUGAAACUUUUCAAAUGUUUUAAUAAAAUACUGAAAUAUG